ACUUCUGUGUAUGUUUGCAAGUUUAAUUUUUUAAACAAAUUUAUAUUUUGCAUGCAGCAAUAUCUGUAUAAAAUCAUUAAUUUACUUGCGUAAAUAGUCAUAUUUAGUUAUAUAUUAUGCCAACCGGCCAGUGUAGGGGCAAGGAACUGACCUUGCAUCAGAAAGAUUCUGGGUUCAAAUUUCGGGCAAGGCAUGGAUGUUCUUUUCUUUCUCUGUACUAUUUGUCCAUACUGUGGGAGCAACGUUGGUCUACAAAAUAGGGUGCCCCUGAAAUGGAGGUCAACAAAUCUGCUCUUCAGAUGCCUGUAUGACGAAAGGUCAUUCUCCAGGUGGGCAUUGGUGAAAAAAGUUAUGCAUUAUUUGUAUAUUUAUUGCCAACGGGUCAUAUUGAUAGUCAACUGGACCAAUUGUAAUGCUUGCAAAAACCCACUCAAUAGAAAUCUAAAACAGUCCUUUGCGUAAAAGGUUUAUUUUUGUAAGAUUUUAUGUUACAAGUAAUAUCAAAUCCUAAGGGCGAUUAUUUAAAAGUCUAUUGCAAUCAAAGUUAGCAGUAGAAAAUGAGGAUUUUUUUAAGUCAUAACUUUCAUUAAAUCUUCAUAAUAAUAGCAAUAAUGCUUUUUAUAAGCUAUGAAAAGUGAUUAUGAUUUCAAUUAACUGUAUUGUUUAUGUCCUGUCAAAUGCAACAUAUUUGACUCGUAAUAUUGUCUUAACCAGUUCUAUAUUUUAAAUCAACUUUUUGAAUUAUACAAACACAAGGAGAAAAAUCUUAAAACAUCGAACAUACUUAUUUAUAUGGUUUAUGAAUGGAAAUUAAUAUUUACUUUAUUUAGAACACUUUUUCUAUAACUUUUCCCACUGUGGGGCGCUGCAAUACCGUUGAUAAUAAUGUUGUGUCUUAACUAAAAAGCGUUAUUGCAAUAGGAUGACAACAGCCAUGUUUAAAUAUUUUUAUUUAAGUUCAUUCUGAUUCUCUUUCUUACAAGUAUGAAAGGACUCAAGUAUGAACCAUCAUUAUUGAAGAUAAUAUUUACUGUUGCCGUAAUUUAUAUUCGUGGAUUUUCAUUUCAAGAAACACCUGUGAUACAGCCAUUUGCAUUUCCCGAACAAUCAACUGCAGGUAAAACAAUAGCUGUGAUUUGUGCAGUAAGUCAAGGAUCUGGUUCAGUUCAGUUCAGUUGGUUGAUGAAUGGAAAAGAUAUUUCAGAAAUUCCAAAUACAUCAGUCUUGAAUCAACCUGGUUUUUCUGUUUUAACAAUAGAACCAGCAAGUAAAGAUAAUGUCGGAAAUUAUACUUGUGUAGCUAAAAAUGCACAUUCGCAAAGUUCAUUCACAGCCGGCUUCAUCUUAAAUGGUGAGUGGAAGCCUAUUAUUAGUCAACUUAAAAAUACUUUAUUAUUAUUAGCGUAAUAAAAUUCUAUUUCAGCUAUUAUUUUUGCAAACUUUUAACUUACAAUUAUUUAUUUUAUUUUGUAUUCAUGUAAUUUGUAUUGUUUCUUAUUACCUCGCUAGUAAGAGGGUGUGUA